AUGGACACCUCCAUUCUCACGGUGCUGAACAAGAUCGGCGAGGUCGCGCAGUUCGCCGUGGCGGAGUACCAGCGCCUGCAGGAUGUAGACAAGCAGGUAGACGACCUCUGUUCCAAACUCGAGUUCUUGAUGGCCAUGAUCCAGGUCGCGGAGGAGGGCAACAGGAUCAAACGCGACGAGCUGGUGCGUGUGUGGGUGAACCACCUUCGCAGCGCCGUGUUCCAGGCCGAAGACAUCGCCGACGAGUACUUCCAAGAGGUGUACCAGUCGCGACCAGGGUUCGAGAGAAAACAAGCAAGGCGAUGCCCAUGCAUCCCGUGCUUCAACUUGUCGGAGGUACCUGUUCGGUAUGAUUUGGCAGGGCAGAUCAAGGAGCUUCUCGGCCGCCUGGACGAUAUCCAGAACAACAAGUUGUUGAACAUGCGACCCAGAAUGGAUGGUGCUCUCGACAACAACAUCCAAGCUAUUGACAAGCCAACCAUAGGUACUAUGGUAGUCGAGGGGCGUGUUGAUGCCGCCGUCGGUUUCGAUGGUUAUAUCAAGUCCAUAAUAAACCUGCUUCUCGAGGACAAGGGAUCCACAGUGGUAGUAGUUACCGGGGAGAGUGGCAUUGGCAAAUCAACUGCGGCACGAGCAGUUCUCGGGGACCGGACUGUAAACAGAAGUUUUGAUAUCUGUGUUUGGGUGUGCUUGCCAGCAAAAUCAAGGGUGGACAAGUACUUGGAUCAAAUUUGGAAGCAGAGUGAUGAACAAACACACCAUGGCUGUGGCAGAAGUGAGUUCAAGCAAGUUCUGGCUAAAAUGAAAUCUUUGGUAGUGUUGGAUGGUAUGGACAGCAUGGAUGAGCUUACGGGCGUAUUAAGGGAGCUGCCUGGUGGCGCCAAGGGGAGCAGGAUAGUUGUAACCACACAGCUUCCAGAUGAAGAAAUCAAGCAACGCAGAUCUGGCGUAACCACAGUGGAAGUCAAAUCCCUUGAGCAGGCAGAUUGCGUUGAAUUUCUUGACAAGGUGUUUUCUGGCCGUUGCCGCCGUGUUUACAAGGAAAACCAGGACAAGUUUGUUGACAAAAUAUACAAGAUUUCAGGAGGACUUCCUCUUGCUGUUGUAUUGCUUGGAGGACUCCUGUACUUCAAAGACCAUGAAACCCAAUGGAAUGAGGUAUUCGAUCUACUGGAAUCCUAUGCUCGCAAGAGGCUAAUCAAGCGGCUACUGACAGUGAGCUAUGCCACGAUGCCUACAAUCCUCAAGUCAUGUUUCCUCUACUUUGCGGCCAUGCCUCCGAAUGUCCCCCUUGACCUCAAGAAACUGCACAGGCUGUGGAGUGCUGAGGGAAUUGCUGAAUCGGAAUCCGGAGGUGGUUUUACAGAGAAUGAGGUGUUGGCCCGGUGUCUCCGUGUGCUGGUCUCACGGGGCCUUGUCGAAAGAAUGGAAGAUGGCACCAAGAUAUGCAUCCAUCAGAGUGUUCACGGGUUUGCCAAGGAAAUAGCACAUGAGACCGGCUUCAUGGAAUCUGAUAGUAAAUUUGGCAUCCGUGGUGCGUCAACUGUUCGUGGCCUUUCCAUCCACAACUAUGUUGACAGGGUUAUUCGUAUUGACAAGGAAAACUGCUUUCCAAAGCUUCGUACCUUACUCGGAGAUUUUGCAGAAGAUUCUAUCACUGAAGUAGCUCAUGCAAAGCGAGGCUUGAGGAAGAGUAGGCUGGAAUUCCUGCGUCACUCCAAGUUCCUUCGAGUUGUUGAUCUGCAUGGUGUCAAACUUGGCACAUUACCGGACAGCAUUGGUGACAUGAUCCACCUAAGGUACCUUGGCCUCCGUAGCUGCUGCUUAAUGGAUCUCCCACCAUCGGUUGCCAAGUUGUUGAAUCUGGAGACCUUGGACAUAACUGAUAAUCAAGUCCAGAGUAUUGUGGAUGAAUUUUGGAAAAUAAAGAAGCUCAAGCAUGUCCUCGCAGAAAAGCUCACACUGCCACUUUCAGCAGCCUCCAUGGAUUUGGUUACUGAACUUGAAACACUCCAAGGAGUGAGAUUGUCUUCACAGUGGACGCAGGAGAACUGCCCAAUAAAGAAUAUGGCGAAAAUCUUCUCUUUGGCGGUGGUGGGUGCAACAGCUGCAUGUGUGCGACUGCUUGCUAAGGCGCUAGAGGAAAAAAGGGCACUUCAUCAUUUAAAGAUAGCAGGUGACCGCAUUCCCCUGUUGCGUUCAUCCAGAUAUCAACCACUACAGUACCUGCAAUUAGAUGGGAAGAUCCUUUCAGAUGAGGGGGCUGCACAAUCUUAUCAUACCCGUCGUCCUAUAACAGCUUCUAGGAUUGUCCUGAGGUCAUCUUGUAUGUCUCAAGAGUUGCUCGGCAGAUUUUUGUCGCAGCCAAUCGUAAAUGAGCUGGAAUUGCUAGACAACUCAUUCACUGACUUGAAGUUGUUGCUCCAAGGGGAUGCAUUUAAAUACCUCAAAAAGCUCAAGCUUGGGAACCUGAAAGAAUUGGAAGAACUAGUUAUAGGAGAGUCUGCAGUGCCUAACCUUAUGACCUUGGAGAUUUUUGGAUGCCCCAAACUGAAGAAAAUCCAAGGCCUCAAGAAUUUAGAACAACUCAAAAAUUUGUUCUUCUUUGACAUGCCAGAGAUUGUUGCUCAACUCGAAGCUGUGGACAAAGAACUCUCCGGCAAGAUCAAACAUGUGAGAACUUCUGCAUGGGCAAGUACAACCUGA